AUGCUUUUCCCGGAGGCAACCAACAAGAAUUUGAAAGUUGCCCAGGUUGAUUCAGUGAGUGCUAGCUCAGUGUACGAAGGUAGUACGUUUUGGGAAAGUGUAAAAUAUUUUGUGAAAUCAGUAGACGAUGUAUCAUCGGCAGGAGAUAACCAUUUGAGUUUGAGCUCACCGUUUCGUGGAACUUCAUUCAUCGGCCUAGCCACACCAUCACCACCAUCAUCAUCAUCACUAUCAGUAUCAGUAUCAUCAUCAUCGCUAUUGUCAUUAUCUUCAUCAUCUCCACCAUCCGAGGCACCAUUUUUAAUUUCAAGUACCAUCGCCCCAAGAGAUGCCAGCGGUAACAAAUAUCUCAUCGACAACCCAUUCUGCUUUUCUGACAACAAUGAGGCCAGAUUCAACCUCGCGAUCAGCAUUUCAAGGGCCAUCACUUCAAAGUAUGCCAUACCCUCUGACAGCAGUAACAGAUAUUUCACCAGCAACUCAGUCAUCCUCGCUGAUAGCACUAAAUCCAACUUCAACCUAUCUAUCAGCGUAUCUUGGGUUGUCAGAGAUGUCACACCCUCUGACAUCAAGAGCGUGGAUCCCAUCAACAAUGAAAUCUUCUUUGCUAAUAACAGCAAGUCCGGCUUCAAUCUCGCGAUCGGCAUUUCAAGGGCUAUCACUUCGAAGUAUGUCAUACCCUCUGACAGCAGUAACAGAUAUCUCAUCAACAGCCCAGUCUUCUUUGCCGACAAAGACAAGUCCAGAUUCAAUCUCGCGAUUAGCAUUUCAAGGACCAUCACUUCAAAGUAUGUCCUACCCUCUGACAGCAGCAACAGAGUUCUCGUCACCUACCCAGCCAAUCUAUCCCUAGCUCCGCCACAAUUGAUAUCACAACCUGUGACAUUAGAAAGUGAGGUCCAGUCACAAGCCCGGUCAUCUUCACUCAAAACCACUACACUACCAUCUGCUUCC